AAUAGGUCCUGUUUGAUAAUGGAGUACCCACUGCGCGUUGGGAUUUUGCCUAUUAUUCUUGCCUUUUUGUCUAUAGUCGAGUCGUCCUCGACCAGGCGUGUCCUUGUGUUUGGCGGGAAUGGCUUCAUUGGUAGCGAGGUCGUCUCGCGACUCAUCAAACAAGGCGAUGAUAUAACUAUUGUAAACCGCGGGAACUGGUACUUUGACUCCAAAGAGCGUAUCAAGCCAUACACAAGUACUCACUACCGAUGCGAUAGAGAUAAAGCCCUUCACUUGGAGUGCCCCGAGCUCCUCACUUCUGGGUUCUACGACAUCGUGCUCGACUUCAGUUCAUACACGUCUCUGCAAAUCAAGCAAGUCUUAGAGACGUUCAAGGAGCGUGUUGGGCUGUACAUCUACAUCAGCUCAGAUUCUGUCUAUGAAGUAUGUGAUAAAAAGCACAAAGGGCCGUCCCGUGAAGAGGACGCUGUGCGACCGAAAAGCCCCAAGAAGCGAUUGAAGCUCAAGAAAUCGGAAGAGUAUGGCCACGAGAAACUCGCCUGUGAGGAGGCACUUCGAGCCCAGAGGAAAGCAGGGGGGUUCCCGUAUGUUGUACUAAGGCUCCCGGAUGUAGUAGGACCAAGGGAUGGUUCAUUCCGUUUCUGGACCUAUCAGCUUUGGGUGCAAACGCACAAGGCCAUAGAGCACCCUGUGCACCUCCCCCAAGGGGUAUCGAACAGGCCAUUCAGUCUUGUUCACGUCGAGGACGUAGCAAAUGCUGUAGAGAAAAUUCUAGAGAUCGGUAAUAAGGCUUAUGAUCAAGCAAUCAAUCUGGCGUUUGAGGAGCAUUUUACGCUGAAGGAUUUGCUUGAGAGUAUAGGGCGUGAAGUACGUGUAACCGAUAUCACGUGGCUGACUGAUGAAGAGACAGCAUGGCACACGUACCCUACGGUGAUGCAAGGACCACUAGACAUCAAUCGUGCCAAGACCUUGCUGGACUGGAAGCCAAUGGCCUGGGCGGAUUCGCUAGCAUCGCUGACUAAGUAUUACGAGGAGGCAAUGACUUCCAAACACCUCCGGGAGGAGAAAGAGAUGGUUCUGGCUGAUUUUAUGGAGUACCACGUGCCUGAGGAAAAAUCAGAGGUAUUUCUUCGUGCACUGAGUAACAUUUAUGGAGAAGAGGUUUUUGACGGGAUUAAUCUGGAUCUGGGAUUUGCUGAUGAUUCCUUGGCACUAGAGAGGAGAGUAGAUAUUGGGAACGAUACGACCACUGAUAAUAAAAAAGAGCCCAAAUCUGAAAAAACCGAAGAAGACGCAGAGAAAAAGGACGAAGAUAUUAGAGAAACAAACGAUGGAAAAUUGUCCGAUGAGCUUUGAGAUGAUAAGAUGUUAGUUUGAUGUUAAUGUUAGUUUCUUAUUGGUUACGCUUAGGGCGGUCAAAAGCGAUUUAGAUUAUUACUAUUUUUAUUGCUAUAGACCAUUUUACCCUUUGCAGUCCAAAUAUUGAAUUUAAGACAAUGAUUACGCUCAAAUGUUUAUAUUUGAAUAUAUUUUGUCUUCAACUUGCGUGUCAAAACGAGACACAAUAAUUGUCAAUUUACAUACUAUAUACAUUUUACAACCAAGAAUUGUACGAAAUUCCGUUGCUUGUAAUUACAAUGAAUACAAUAAUAUUAGAAAACGCUACACAUAUACAUUCGGGCUAACUAA